AUGCCUCCGAAAAAACGGGCCACCCAAGACGUCAAUGGGUCUGGUGGCAGAAAGCUGACGCUUCCAGGAAUAAAGCACAUGCCACUGCGAAAGAGGUUUGAAGCUUCUGAUUCGGACUCGGACUCAGCCGAAACCAAUCCAGUGCGCCUGAGCCAGACUAUUUUGGGCACACAUAACUCUCUUAAGCAAUUGCUAUCAGCACCGGCGGCGGCAACACCUAAGAAAGUCCCUAAGAAGAGGGGCCGCAAACCCAAACGGCAACAAAAUGCACCAGAUCUGCCUAUGAAUACGGCAUCAACACCAAUAUCUCGACUAGAGCAAGCUACAGCGUUACUUGAUCUGCCCAACUCAGCGAAGCGGUCAUCCAUCAAGUUCGAUGACAUAGAUGAGCAGCCUGCUCCUAAAAAGAGAGGUCGCGGCCGUCCGAGGAAAAAUCCACUCCCAGUUGAUACUCCCCAGAUUCUUCCGCGUCGGAAAGUGUCAAAAGCACCCCGUCAAAUUAAAAAGGCCCCUUCGCGAGUAACAGCGUCCGUAUUUGCAGAUGACUCGGACAGCUUUGUUGAGCAGGUUUCUCACCAUACGCUAGAUCUUGCAGAUGGUCCUUCUGAUGGACCAGCAAAAAGACGCACAUCGUAUAAUAACCGUGGAAAGAGAGUUCUGUCGGUUGGGAAUGGAUAUGAGGGCAAACCGCAUAGUGAAGUUCCUGAAUCGGAGUACUACAAAAUGCUUGACUCCGACAUGCCCGAACCGAGUCGUAUGCGUCAGCUUCUUGUCUGGUGUUUUCGCAAAAAACUAGAGAGUGAUAACGACGGUGAAGGUGGUCUGGACGGGGUAUCUGAUACCGCACGAGGCAUUUCAAAGAUAAUAAAACAAGAACUAUUGGAUGACUUGGUUGACGGGGCAAUAUCUACAAGCUGGUAUAGUCGUGGACAACAGUCGGACACAGAAGUGUCUGGCAAAAGGAUCAUCCGACCAAAUCCACUUAAUGAAUCUAACAAGGAGAGCAUGGAAAUAUUUACACGCAAGCUCCGACAACUCGAAGGUGAGCAAGAUACAUGGCGCCAUGCGUUUGAGCGCAGUGUGGAGCCUCUCAAGAAUCUUGUCGUUCGUUCAGACGGAGAAGACCGCGAAACUUUAGCUGAAUACCUAGACAAGCCUGGUACACGCGAGAUGGUCACUGAAGUUCUACGUAACCAGUUGAUUCAGCGACUUGAAAAUAACAGAGCAGCGGCGCAGGCAAGUGUGAAAGACGAACUUCAGCCGGCAGUGGAUGGACUCUACCAUUUGCUGCAUCGCAUGAAGCUGGGUGUAGAGCUCGUUGGGCGAGUUGAACGCGAACGACUCUCUUCACAGGUGGCACAUAUGGUGCGGAGGUAUAUGGAUAGAGCACGUGGACGUGGUGUAACACCACUUAGUAGCAGGGAUCUUUUGCGGGGCAUUCUGCGGAUGGAUGCACCUGAAAGGUGA